ACAAGCAACAGCUACUCUGAGUCUGUGCGCACGUGCCUCAGCGGUGAGAGGAGAAAAGAAAAAAAAAGAUGAAGUUUGCGCUAGUGAGCUGGUCAAAGGGGAAGGAUAAAGAUGCUCUCAGUAUAGUCCCCGUAAAUUGGAUCGUAGACUUCGAUCCUGAAAACUCUAAAAAGGAGUAUCUUAUCGAGUGCCGCUGCAUCGGUGGCAAGAGGCCUACUAAUGGGUGGACGGUUGAAACAGCACACAUUUUGCAGCUGGCAGAAAAUGAGUCUACACUUAAGACUGCUGAGCAGAAACUCUUGCAAGAGGACCUACCAAAAAGCAAGAAGAGAAAGAGGGUACCCAACAAACUUUACCUUGACACACAGGAGGUAGAACAAGUUGCAAAAAAGAAAAACUACAGACUCAUAGCUGCAAGACAGUCUGAAUUAGAGGUUCUUCGCCAAGAAGAACCUAACCUCAGCCCAGUGGGGACUUCUUUAGAGGCACUUGAGGAGGAGAUCAGGGCCCUCAGGGAAGAGAAUAAAAGACUGCAGGACCAGCAGAGUGUAGGAUCGUCUGCAGCCAGUAAAGAUCUUGAGACCAAAGUCAAGGCUUUACAUAAGGAGAACACCAGGCUGUGCAAAAUGGCAGUCAAAGAAAUUCCAUCACUCUUAGCAGCUGUGAGGACCCUCAUUUCGGACAAGAUCACAGAGAGCUCAAGCAAUGGAGAUGAAACCGAAUAUGAGGCCAGUGUUGCUCUACCAUCACCUCCUCAACCCACACCUCCCAAACCAACAUCAGUGCCACUAGGGAAUGAUGACUCCACCAGAGUGUCUGCCCAUUGUUGGGAGACUGCAAAAGCACAACCUACAGCGAAAGCAAUGGCCCGCACCCUCCUGUUGGGCCUGUUCAGCAUUGAUGUCCUACUGAAGUCCAACCUGACGGGAGGGGUCAACAAGGUCGAUCCAUCUGCAGAGAGACGCCAGCCUCUGGACCCCAAGAAGCUUACAGCUUUACUCAAUGCAGUUGUUCAGCAACACCCAGGGGCGAAGAUUCCAGACAUACGAACGGCCAUAAACAAAAAGAUCUGUGAGUUAAGACACCAGGAGAAGAAAAAGUCCAUGGACAACUGAAGGACUAUCAGAGUGGGUCUUGAUA